AGCCACACGCCAUCAGUGUGUUACUAUCUUAUCAACGAUGUUUAUAUCAGCUACAUGUCAAAUCCAUUUCUUGGAAACUUUUAACUGCGUGGCAGCAAAACUUUUCAAAUAUAUCUACUGAUCGGUGUUCUGAAACUCCACAACACAAACAUUUGUUGAAGAGUGUCGGAAGACUUCACUUGUCCGUUCCAGCCUAGUGCCCGCGCAGCAGGAGAGAUGCGAGCCGCCGUGGCGGUCCUGGUGAUCCUGGUGGUAGCCGCGGUCCAAGGGCGACCCUCGAGGUCCUCCCAGCCCUGCCAGGACUUGCCGGCGUGCUCCUGCUCCGGCCCCGGGCUCGUGGUGAUGUCCUGCGAGGGCGCGCGGCUGACGAGGGUGCCCGUCGGCGCCGGCAGCCGCGACGUCGGCUACCUCGCGCUGUCCGGCAGCAGCCUCGGCGCCCUCCCGAGCCUCGCGUUCGCCGCCUACCCGCAGCUCAGGGUCGCGUACCUGUCUGACGCCGGGGUUCGAGCCGUCAGCAAGGACGCCUUCGGGAGCGCUCCGACCCUGGAGGAGGUGGACCUGUCCUUCAACCCGCUGGAGGAGCUCGACCCGGAGUCCUUCGCGGGCAACCCGCUGCUCCGCUCCUUGGUGCUAAUGGGCGACGAGCUCGCGCGCCUGCCCGACGGGCCCCUCCUGGUGUCGGACUCGCUGGAGAAGCUGGACCUCAGCUACUGCGGCAUCGCGGAGCUGUCGCCCCAGGCGUUCGCGCGGCUGCCGCGGCUCAGGCACCUGGACCUGGCGGCCAACAGGCUGGCGGCGCUGGCGGCGGGCGCCGUGCUGGGCCCGCUGCCGCUGCUGGAGGAGCUGGUGCUGGAGGGGAACAAGUGGCGGUGCGGCUGCGGCCUGCACGAGCUGCUGGGCUGGACGGAGACCUCGCGCGGCCGCCCGGCGCGGUACAGGCCCGCCGCGUGUUCGGGGGCCGGCGGGGACGAGCAGCUGUGGUACCUCGAGGAGCAGGGUCGGCGCUGCCCCUCCGAGGUCACGAGGUCACCAGGUCAGGUCACUACACACGCAAACGCUAAACCAGACCAAGUUCCAGUGGCACCGCCGGAAAAACAAACGGAACACUGGCCAAUCUCGGGGAUAAAAAUAUUCAACAUGAAGAAACAAGAAGAAUAUCCGCAAGACGACAGAGACUUAGAAAAUCCGAAAGAGGAAGAUGAAACAGAAGCGGAAGAUGGCUCGGCAAUCAACAGUUCAAAACCGGAGAAAAUUUAUGUGGAGGAUAAGCGUGUGCAACAGUCAAUCGCAGCGCGCGCGGAGAAACAAUCACGAGUCACCCCAGAAACCGAUGCGUUCUUCCCACAGGAAACAAAUUAUGAUGGACAGGAGGGUAACGAAGACGGCACUGGGCCAACUGCCCUUUUAUCCCCAACCACUUUCGAAAUCAUAUUCAUAGUAGUUCUGGUAUGCAUAUGCAUUGCUAUCGUGGUAUUGACAGGUCUGCUAAUGAUGUACGCUUUUUCUGCAGGUCGCAACGUGUACAGGUUGAUGAGAACGAAUUCUCAAGACUCGAGUCACUAUUACAACUAGAGCAGGAGUUAACUCGCCUACUUUCGAGAACAUUUAUUGGUGCACUACGGAAUCCUGGAAGUCCUCUGGAAGAGUCCAGCUUCCCACCUCUAUGGAUCUCAUCGCCUUGUCGUGGUGAGGUGGCUUGAAAGAGAUGUUUUAAGAAUGUAAUGGCAUUGAGGGUUUCUUUCCACACGGAGGCAACGGUAAAGGGAAACCAUACGUUAUUAACAAUAGGAUGACGCCUCUGCUUGAUACGUUUCUAGAUUAUUUUGACUUGGAUAACAAACAUAAUUACAAUUUUAAUAAAACCCUUUCGGUACAUUAAUUGUAUUUACCUCUCAUAAAUUAAUGGAGCCUUUACAGAAAUUGCAAUAAUUUAUUCCAUUUUACCUUCAUUUAAAUAAUUAAAACUUUUUAUUCUUUCCGAAUUGACACAUUAAAUAAACGAAAGAAAAAACAGCUUUCUUGAUAUGGGUCUCAACAUAACCUUUUUAUUUGUUUAUGUAGUGGUAGCAAAUUUAUAGUCAUUGAAUUCAACAUUGUUUGUUAUUCAACCCAAUUUUUUUUUGCUUGUAAGCAAUAGCAUAUCAUUAUUUUUUGGGCCUUUGUUAGAAACAUUAUUUGCAAUUACACAAAAAUAAUUAAUUAUGUAUUUCCCGAACGUUGCAGGUUCCCUCUUGAACCCUAACGAUAAUAAUCUAAAAUAUCUCAAGACUAAGAAGUGGUCCGAAAUUAAUUGAUGGUCAAGGAUUUUAGCACCAAAAUUGAACUCGCGAAAAUUCGUGAUGAUAUUGAAACACCUAUGAAUGAAGAGCCAGCAAUCCUCUUAUAUGUAUAUAUUAAUAUUUGUCCUACUGUUUAUUUUGUUCACUUGCUUACGGUACAUACUAUUAAGUACCUAAAAACAAACUUUUAAGACUUGUUAAUUGUAUUGAUAUAUUACGGGGGAAAAAUACACGUAUUCUUACUGCGGGGUUAAAGCAGUUUUACAUAUUUUUAAUUGCUUGGCAUUUUUUGUAGGAUUAAGUUCCUUUUUGACAAUGUAAUUUUUUCAAGUAAAUUUAUUAAAAUACUCACAACUAGGUACCAGAACACUAACAUAAAAUGUAAUAUCUAAAAAUAAUGAGAUGAAGUAUCAUGUUCUUUACAGAUAAGAAAAGAUUUGCUAAUUCCUAUGUUUAAAAUAUUUUAAUAAAACUUUUAGUACAAAAGUAUUAAAAAGACAUUUGUUUCAGAAAAUAAUUAUAUCCAACGAAUUAUUUGCUUUUUGUAAACCUAAAAUAAUUAAAAUACAUCA